AUGGCAACCAUCUAUGAUGAACCCACUGGCUGCAACUGCGAUAAUGAGUCAACCUAUGAUCAAACAGCCAUAGACGCAGCAUGUAAACAAGCAUUACUGCUCGCAUCUGAAAAGAAAACAGUUGGAAAGGAUAAAUAUCCUCAUGCCUAUAAUGACUACGAAAAGUUCACCUUCAUCCCCGCCGCCAAAAAACCAUAUCUUGAGUUUCCUAUUCUCUCCAACGGUGCAAUAUAUACUGGUUCGGAUCCCACUUCUCCAGGUGCGGAUCGCAUCGUUAUUGGAAGCAUUGCUACCGAUUACAAAUCCGCCGUUUUCUGUGCUGUGAUCACACAUGAUGGAAGUACUAACAAUGGUUUUACUGAGUGUACGAAUACUGGAGAUAGUGGAGAGGGAGCUUAUGAAAGGAGAGACAGGGGAGAAGAAGGAAAGGAGGGGAGGGAACUAUUGGAGAGAAUUGAUUUGUAA